AUGGCAGCCCUUCAAAUCGACGGGUAAGUGGAAGAAGAUUGCUCUGCUUGAGUAUGUUCCCGUGUGAUGUUGAUCUUUUCACUAAGGUGCGGCAUUGCAGAAAAACACCUCAUGCUCAUUUAAAUCUCAUUGAAUAAAAAAAGAAUAACAAACUGUACAGCCCAUUUGUUGGACAUGCAUAGUUAAUUUUUCGCAAUCCCGCACCUCACUCGAUCUUUUGCUCUUUUCUUUCGACUUCUUGGGCCAUGCAGCUUCCUCGUGUCAAAAGAAAGCAAACAAAGAUGGUGGCAAAUUUUAUUGACAUCUAAAGGUCAUAUGGAUCUAAUUUUAAAUUCACUUUCUUUUUUUACGAAUGCAGUUCCAUAAUUCCAGCAGACAAGCCGCAAAACGAUGAUGAAUCACCGACUAGAAACAAGUAACUAGCAUUUUUUUAUCAAAGGUCAUGAAAUUUGUGCAGAAUAGAACAAAUAACUUAUCACAAAAACUUGACUAUUUUUGUGUAAAUACAAACCUUUUAUUGAACACAUUAAAUCAUAAGCAUCCUCUCACUCUGGAAAUAAACUUUACACUUUGAUUGUCAUUUUUAUUCACUGGUUGUGUAUUUUCUGUUUAUUAAAGGCUACAGAAUAGGUGGCCCAUUUUUUUUAUUAAGCUUUCCUGUCAAUUUUUAGAAGAGUUUUAGAGUUCUUUUUAUUAUACCGUAUAUGGUUUGGGGGGAAAUGGACAAUAGUCAUAUGAGAAUAUUUACAAAAUGCCAACCUCAACCAAAACUACCUUCUUUUUUCCUAAGCCUUGCAAUGGCUGAUUGCAUUUUUAAACUGUACCAGGGGGGUUGAGGACCUAUGGAAAAUUUUCCAGGGGAGGUGUGUCUGGUGCCGCUUGGAAAUUCCAAGAGGGAGGGGUCAAAAAGUUUAUUUUCCAGGAGAAUUUUAGCCCAAAAUACAGUUUUCCAGGGGUAUUUUGCCAGAAAAAUGGAAAUUCCUGGGGAGGGGGUCUUUUAUGAGGCUGGAAAUUCCACGGAAGGGAGUCUGACUCACAAGUGGAAAUUCCAGGGGUCCUCAAUCCCCCCGGUGCGGUUUAAAAUUGCAAUCAGCCAAUUUGAGGGUGGGUAUAAGUCAUUGUUUAAUUCAUUAUUAAUCUUUUGCUUUUUUAUUGCAGUGGAACAUUUCGAUGGACCGAAAAGAAAGAUCUGCUUCUUAUGAGAGAGGCUCGGAUGUUGAAGCCCUUUUGUCACAAAAGUGGCACACCAGAAUCUGGCCAAAAGUGGUCAGCUGUGGCAGAAAACCUCAAUACCCAUUCAGAUUUUGCAGAAAUGCCAAGAGACCAGAGGUCUGUUCGAGAGCGUUUUAACAAGCGCUUUAAAGAUUUCAAAGCUAAAUUGGCUAAAGAGGAGAAAGCCUCUGGGAUAAAUGUCCCCCCUCCCACUGAAGUAGAGACUCUAAUGGAGGAGAUAAAAGAGCUUAUGGAUUCCCAUGUGCCUGCUCCAAGCAAAAAAGCAGACUCUGAAAGAAAGAAAGGGCUCAAGUUGAGGGAAAAAUCUAUGAAGACUUGGGGGGAAGGCAAGUCCAAUGAUGACGAAGAGUCAAGUGAGUCAUCUGAGCCACAUCGUAAAAGGAAUAGGCGAAAGGCAUCAGACCCCCUAGAAUAUCUGUCAACCAGAAGACAGGAAGAAAUGGAUCUCAAGCGACAGCAGAUGGAGCUUGAGGCCAAAAGGAUUGAAAUUGAACAACAGAGGCAGGCCCAGCUGCAGGAGCAGAUGGUGCUCCAAAACCAGCAAAUGCAACAACAAAUGAGCAUGAUGCUGGUAUUCUUGCAACAAAACAUGAACAAGCACUGA